GCAGUUCUUUGAAUUUCUCACCCUAAGAUCUGGCCUGUACAUUUGCACGGAAUUCUUGAGAGGUUCCUGGAGAGAUUCUGGGAGCCAAGCACUCCAUUGGAAUCCUAGCUGUUUUAGAGAACAACUUGUAAUGGAGCCUUCAUCUCUUGAGCUGCCAGCUGACACAGUGCAGCGCAUUGCGGCUGAACUCAAAUGCCACCCAACGGAUGAGAGGGUGGCUCUCCACCUAGAUGAGGAAGAUAAGCUGAGGCACUUCAGGGAGUGCUUUUAUAUUCCCAAAAUACGGGAUCUGCCUCCAGUUGAUUUAUCAUUAGUGAAUAAGGAUGAAAAUGCCAUCUAUUUCUUGGGAAAUUCUCUUGGCCUUCAGCCAAAAAUGGUGAAAACAUAUCUUGAAGAAGAACUAGAUAAGUGGGCCAAAAUAGCAGCCUAUGGUCAUGAAGUGGGGAAGCGUCCUUGGAUUACAGGAGAUGAGAGUAUUGUAGGCCUUAUGAAGGACAUUGUAGGAGCCAAUGAGAAAGAAAUAGCCCUAAUGAAUGCUUUGACUGUAAAUUUACAUCUUCUAAUGUUAUCAUUUUUUAAGCCUACACCAAAACGAUAUAAAAUUCUUCUAGAAGCCAAAGCCUUCCCUUCUGAUCAUUAUGCUAUUGAGUCACAACUACAACUUCACGGACUUAACAUUGAAGAAAGUAUGCGGAUGAUAAAGCCAAGAGAGGGGGAAGAAACCUUAAGAAUAGAGGAUAUCCUUGAAGUAAUUGAGAAGGAAGGAGACUCAAUUGCAGUGAUCCUGUUCAGUGGAGUGCAUUUUUACACUGGACAGCACUUUAAUAUUCCUGCCAUCACAAAAGCUGGACAAGCGAAGGGUUGUUAUGUUGGCUUUGAUCUAGCACAUGCAGUUGGAAAUGUUGAACUCUACUUACAUGACUGGGGAGUUGAUUUCGCCUGCUGGUGUUCCUACAAGUAUUUAAAUUCAGGAGCAGGAGGAAUUGCUGGUGCCUUUGUUCAUGAAAAGCAUGCCCAUACGAUUAAACCUGCUUCCUCCUAUGCAGAUUCCACCUAAUAUCAUCAUUAUAGCCAGAAGAACCAUUGGGGACAAAGAGAGAGGAUCAUUAAGGUUCUCAUAAUGAAUUACUUGAAAUGAGAGAAUAAAUAUUAGAAAUAAGGUUUCAAAGGUAUGCCUGGGCUGGUACACUAUGAAUUUUAAUAAGUUAGUGAGAACUGUAUGAUAUUUUUAAGUGAUGGAUUUUUAAAAAUUAAUCAUUUUUCAUAGACUCUGCUAAUUUUAUAAAACUAUAUGCAAAAUGCAUAAAAUAUUUUUGAAAUUAAAAUUUGGACUAAUAAAGAGGAGUUAAAAUGAUAAUUUAGAACCUUUCUUUAAUGCAACAACAAUAUGUGCUCUUUAAGAAAAAUCUGUUUUAAGGAAAACAUAGAUAGGAAUAAAGCAUAGAUUAAAAUAUUUAACAUUUUGGCCAUAGUUAAAUAUAAAUGCAUACAUGUUAGUGUUUUAAAACUAGAAUCACACUCAAAAUAUUGUGAUCUCCAUUUUAAUCUUUUUGUAUAUAUAUUCUUUUAAAUAGGAUUUUUAUAAUGGCUGCAGAGUAUCCCUUCACAUGCAAUGGUGUAAUUUGUUUUUAUCAGUUCUGCAUUACAAGAUAUUCAGGUGGUUUCAACACUGAAAAUUGUAUUGUGUUAAUUGUUCUAAUGAAGCAGGAUAUUUCCCUGACCCCUUCGCGGAAUUCCUGACAGGGAUGCCUCGUUUACUAAGCCCCGCUCGCUCGCUGCUCUCAACUCCUGGCGGGAGGGAGUGCACGAACGAACGAGUACGGGAGCUGGAAUGAAUGAGUGCUGGAAUCGGCUGGCCACUUGGCGCUGGUAGGACCCAACUCCACUCACUUGGACCUGCAGCGUUCCACCCCUCGUGGGAGGGAGCGCACAG